UGGAGAUUCGCGAGCUCUUCUUGCUUCGACAAUCGAUGUGACAGAUUUCCCAAACCAAUAUCAUAUCUCUCUGAAUAUGAUGUGGGGCGCAAGAGUCAUGAUGGUUCUGAGAGGUGGAUACACUCGGAAAAAGAUAUCGAGAGUAUCGAGGGUGUCUCUCAACUAGAAGAACAGAUCCUCAAAGAACUUUCUGUCAGGCUUCUGAGUCUCUAUAGGGACUUCUUUAUCCUCGCACUUCAACCCACACAUUAUCGUAUGUAUGAUAUAUCUCAUGUUUCUUCUCGAUUAUAUGAUUCUGGGGAUUAUAUCACAGGUCACCUGUACCACACUCCACAAGCAACCAUGAACAGAUUCAGCCGCGGAUAAGCGUCUCUACUGUAUACCCCUUCUUGGGCAAAGGUCGAAGCUUUGGAUUUGUCUGUUGAUCCCCCAGUUUGUGGUCAAACGAAAAUCCAGAUAAGUGAGGCACUGCCGACGAUACUUCUACUUCGAUGAAGGAUAUUUCACAGCGAAAAUGGAUUUAAAUCGGGAGAAGUUAUUAUUGAAAUUCGAAUUAAUGGAAUAUGUGGAGUUCCGAUAUUCAUUUUUGGCAUGCAGGAUGCAUCAGCCCGAUGAUCGUCACGGGCGACCAUAUCCUCAGCCACGAAUCCGCCGGAACAGUCAUAGCAGCGCACCCAGACAUAACUACACUCAAAAUAGGCGACAGGCCACCCAUCGAACCCAACAUCAUCUACAACGCGUGCGAACCGUGUCUUGCAGAGAGGUACAACGGAUGCGAAAAUGUCCAGUCUUUAUCAACGCCUCCGGUUGACGGGCUACUUUGGUGAUAUGUCAAUCACCCUGCCAUCCAGUGUCAUAAGAUUGGAGACAUGAGCUACAAGAAUGGUACAUUACUCGAGCCUUUAAGUGUUGCCUUGGGUGCCAACGAGUGAAGCAAAUUACAACUUGGCGAUGCCGUCGUGAUCACUGCCGUUGGCCCAAUCGGGCUGGUAACGUUGCUGUGCGCUCUUGCGGUCAGCAGCUAUGGAAAACAAAUUGCGCCCUCAUUUCAUCCUUGAAUGUAUAGGCAUUCGAAGCAGCAUUGCGGCGGCUAUCUAGAGCGUGAAAUUUGGUGGAAAACAUCUUUGUUAUCGGUAGUGGGGAGAAUGAGAUGGAAUUACCUUUUAUGAGAUUAAGCACAUACUGCAUCAAUUUGCAAUCCCGGUAUCGAUACAGCAAUACUUGGCCACGUGCAGCCAGGCUGGUGGAAAACGGCAUCAUCAACCUGAAAAGACUGGUGACGAAUCGGUUUAUGCUGGAAGAAGCAGAGAAAGCUUUUGAGACCGCAGCAAACCCAAGGAUGGGUGCAAGUAAAGUUCAGAUUGAUUAACCUUGAGGGGAGCAUCGAGGAAAAAGGGCUGCAGUUGUGCGAGGUUG